AUGGCGUCCGUGUCGGAGGAUCGCGUGUUGUGCUCUCAAUGCGCCCGUCCUUGGCAGUCCAGUCGAUAUAGAACCUGCUCUCGCUGCCAGGUCCUGGCACGUAACCGCCUUGCCAGAUCCAGAUUGCUUCCUACCACGGUGCCGCCGUCCCUGCCUGCUGCCCCCGCCCGUUCUUCAUCUCUGCCGUUCGCGGGCCUGUCUGGACAGCGUGUGCUCUGUUCACGCUGUGCACGACCUUGGCAGUCGCCUCGGUACAGGGUCUGUGAUGACCGCCGCCAUAAGGCUCGCAUGAUGCGGCGGCGACGGCGUCCGGUACCUGUAGCUGCUUCUGUGGACCCGGGCGCGCAAGUGCUGCCCGUUCUUCCUUACAUCCGUGGACCGUCUAUUAUUCCAGUGCAACCUCUAUGGUGGACACGCCUUACCCAGGCCGCAGUCCGGCCCUUCUCUCAGGACUGGUCAAAGGACUGCUCCUUCUGCGGUAUUCCCCUUCUUUCUACUGAGGCUGAUGGCUGGUGCUGUCGGCGAGGCCGCAGACGCCUACCUCACCUACCACCAUUCACGCCAGCUGUGCAGUCUCUCCUGGACCGGUAUCAAGGCCGUGUGUCUGCCAUGAGCCGUCGGCUCCAUAACCUGUUUGUCUUCUCCGCCAUCGGCACCACUGGCCAAUUCGUUCGAUUCCAAGGUCAGGCGAACGUGGUCCUAGAAGGCCGGAUCUACCACCGUUUGCUGGAUGUCGCGGAUACGGGUCACAGCAUGCACUGGUUUCUUUAUGACGAGUCCGAACGAGGUCUACGGGCAAGGCAUCAUGACAUCCCUAAUGACAUUCUACAUGGGAUACACGAUUUUCUCAGUCUGGUUAAUCCCUAUGUGCGGACCUUGCGGCACGCCGUCAGCCAGGUCCCGGACCAAACAGUCGCCCUCGCUGUUGAGCUCUCUAUCCCGCCUGCGGGUGGUGAGCUCGCUGCAGUUAUCACUACAGAAAAUCUCCGCCGCGUGGCCCCGCGACAGGUCGUCUUUUACAGAAAAGGUGGCCAGCAGCCACGGUUCGUUCCGACCCUGUCUUGCCAGUACGAGCCGCUGCAAUAUCCACUUCUCUUUCCACAUGGCACGCGAGGUUGGGGCUUUCUCGACGAGUCCCGGAAAAACAUACCUUGCACGCUGAUCCAAUGGUACCGCCACCUGUUCCUGGGCGAGCCACGCAUGCGGAUCUAUGGCCGUUUGGCGUGUGAAUAUGCUGUGGACAUGUUCUCGCGGACGGAGGAGGAGCGCCUGCACUAUCUCAAACGGGGCCGACGCAUGCAAGCUGCUGCCAUGGAUGAGGCUCCAAAUCCUGACAUCCCCGAUCUCUUCGAGAACAAAAUCCCUGCCGGUUUCAUGGGGUCCCGGGCCUGGGCUUCGGACCAGGUGGCUGACUCCCUCGCGAUCGCGCGACAGCUGGCCAAGCCGUCACUGUUCCUCACCAUGACGACCAACCCUAACUGGCCCGAGAUUCAGUCCCAGUUGCUCGCAGGCCAACAUUUCACAGACAUCCCUGCGGUGGUGUGCCGUGCGUUCCACGGACGACUCUGUGGGCUGAAGGCCUUUAUGAGGGAGAAAUUUGGAGGCCUCCUGUACGAGAUAUGCGUUACAGAGUUCCAGAAACGGGGUCUACCACACGCGCAUCUGGUCGUUAAGCUCCAACAUGAAUUACCUUUGAGCCAACUAGAUGGCUUCAUCUGCGCCGAGUUACCAGAUCCGGACGAGGACCCUGCCCUACAUGCAGCGAUCGGCAGAUUCCAUAUGCACUCACAGAACCACUUGGACCGGUCCACGUCACGCUACAUGGAUGAUCUUGGUCGUGUCCAUUACCGCCGACGCAAGCAGGAAGAUCGAUGGGUGACUCCUCCUGUACCCGCCCUAGUGCACCUGCUCGACUGCCAUAUCUAUGCGGACGUGUGCUCUACAGCGACGAUCUUCCUUUACCUGUUUAAGUACCUCUUCAAAGGACCCGAUCGGGCGCGCUUUGGUAUUCGGGCCCUCCACGAUGCCCGGGCAGACAAUGAGGACGACCAAAUAGAUGAGUUCAGAGACGAUAUGAACGCCCGUUACCUCUCUUCGUCCGAGGCUGUCUACCGCAUCCUCAACUUCCAUACUGUCUCCAAACGUCCUGGUGUCCGCUGCCUCUCUGUCCAUCUGGAAGGCAAGAACUUAGGGAGGAUGCACGAUCGAAACCAACCGGGUUACUCCGAGAUGAGCGACCUGUUGUGGUACUUCAAACGCCCAUCCACAGAAACCUUCUCAGGCUUGAAGUAUACCGAGUUCUUCAGCCUUUUCUACCUAGAGACGGUGCCCCUGGAUGUUCCACUACACAGAGGUCAGACCCUCAUUGCUACUGUCACCACCGAAAAGGGACCAUGCCAAAAGGUGUUGCGCCGUCGAGUCAGCCAGCCUAUUGUCACCCGACUUCAGACCGUCCCACUUCGUCUGAAGGAAACGUUUUACCUACGCGCACUGCUCCAGGUGCGGCCAGCGAACAGCUUCGAAGAUGUCCGCACUAUCCGGGGGCACUGCUAUCCCACAUACCAGGAGGCUGCCACUGAGUUAGGACUCUUCCAGGAUAACCACGAGGCCGUGUACGCGAUGAAUGAAGCGAUCACAGCAUACAGCCGCCCGUCCCAGCUCCGCUUUCUCUUUGCCCAGCUUCUGUCUAACCUUCCAUUUCCAGCUGUGGAACUAUGGUCCCGCUUCCACGGCGAUCUCAAUGCUGACUAUAGACUACGUCACCCUACGGCCCACGCCACAGACCUUGCCUUGCAGGACCUGGCACGCUAUCUCUCAGCACAGGGAUCGUCCUUGGCACAGUGUGGCCUACCGGAGCCCGUUCAACGUUGUGCGGAGGUGGAUUUGGAACUUGCCUUCUUCCAGACCCAACUGGUAUCUAUCCGCGGGAGGCAUAAGGAGGCCUACGGUAGGAUGAAUUCGGAUCAAAAAGGCAUCUUCGAUCAUCUCCUAGACCAAUCGGACAUUGGCGGCUGCUACUUCAUCGACGGCCGUGCGGGUCGCGGGAAGACAUUUUUGAUGAGCGCCAUGUGUGAUCGCGUUAGGGCAGACGAGCGCAUCGUAUGCGUGACUGGAACCACCGCCCUCAGUGUGAUCCAUUACGAGCGGGGUCGGCCGGCCCACUCGGCCUUUGGCAUUCCUGUUCAGGAGUCUGACAUGGGCUUGGUGUCUAAGGUCAGCCCCCAGUCAGGUCGUGCAGAGCUCCUACGCCAGGCCUCGCUCCUGAUCUGGGAGGAGCUGCCGAUGGCGAAGAAGGCGGUCGUGGAGUGUGCAGACCAGCUCCUUCAAGAUAUCAUGAGGAAUGACCUGCCAUUUGGAGGAAAACUCUUCAUUGGACUAGGCGACUUUCGUCAGGUGGCACCAGUCGUCCGCAGAAGUUCUGGGCCUACAGCAACUGUCAACAGCUCUAUCCGCACCUCCACGCUCUGGAACCACUUUAAGGUCCUGCGGCUGACUACCCCGGUCCGACAGGCCGGGGAUCUGGUAUACGCAAGAUGGGUGGACCAGGUAGGAGAUGGUGUACACCCCUAUGAGACAAGUGUGCCACUGCAUCACUUGCAGCAUCUUGACGACCUUGACGCUGCGGCAGACUUCCUCUUCCCACAAGAUUCCGUCUCUACCUCCGCCGCUGCUGUCCAGCACGCAUUCCUUAGCCCGUUUAACGCGCGCGUUGAUCUGUUUAAUAAGCUCAUCUUAGAACGGUUACCGGGGCGUGCAGGUAUUCCGAUUUUUGCUAAUGACUAUUCCCUGUAA